AUGGAGGACAGUGACACAGUGGCAACGCAAAGGCCAGAUCUCAUCAGACCACGGGUGGUGCUGACCAUUGGUGGUGUUACUUGCGUGCUUUGCAAACGCGAGUUGCAGGCAGCAGUGGCCGCUGGAGAUGGUUACUCCUAUUGCCGGCCAUGCAUCCUGGACUGGUUCCGUGCUCACGAACGUGAUGGUUCCCAGGUGUCGUCCCCCGUCACUGGUGAAGCGCUGUCGGACAAGCUGUUGCUGCCGAAUUUGAACCUUCGGGAAACCAUCCUCUCCGUGCAGCAAGCUUUGAAGACUUGGGACGAGGCGGAAGCGGAGCGCACGUCGCUCCGCGCGGAGGUGCAGAAGCUGCUGGGCGAAGGCCACAGCCGGAAGCUCCAAAACGUUGACCCGCGUGUGGCCGAAGCACAAGCCCAAGCAGCGCAUUUCGAAAGGCAGGUCUUGAACCAGAAGCAGGAGGUGCAGCGGCUACAGAUGGAGCUGGACCGAUACCACCAUGUCAUGGAGGAAAGGGACUUCUCUGGAUUGGAUGCCAAGGCGGCCGAGCUGUCCCUUGUGGCUGCCGAACUGCGCUCCAGCAUGGUGGAGGUGAACAGGUUGGAGGAUGAGCUGGAGAAGACUCGGCAGCAGGCCAAGUUGCAGGCCACCGAGCUGGAAGAGCUACGGACCUCGCAACGGGACGCGUUCUUCACCGAGCAGAUGCUGCGACAGGAGCUGGCCCGAGUGAAGGACGAGUUCAGCGGGAAAUUGACUGUGGGAGGCGCCAAGGAUCACUCCUUCGAGCUGAACAAGGCGCGCCACGAGCUUCUGAAGAGUCAAGUCCUGGUGGUGGACCUUCAGAACCAGCUGCGGGCAGCGCGUCGAGAGCCACCGGCGCCGUCGAGCCCAAAGGCGCUGGAGAUCCCGCAGGAGAAUCAGUUCCAGUCGGAGCUCUUCGAAAUGAAGGGGAUGAGAGGAGCAUCGGAAUUUGAUGAUGGAAUCUGGGAGAGAUGGGGAAUUCUGAUGGAGAGGAUUCGAACAAAUGACCAGUGGCCGUCUUCCAACCAGUGCAAGCGAGAGCCGAUCCCAGAAACUCCAGCCUUCCACCUGGGGCCGACGUCCUGUGAUGGUCUGGGCGAGGCGAACCAGAACCUGCAGCGACCGGCGGGUUUCUGGGCGGCAAUCGCUCUCCAAGCAGGACAACCUCGUGGCGGAGUUGCAAACGCAGAUCACGGCCUUGCGCUCGCAGAACAGGCUCCGCCUUUCUGUUUUGUGCAUCAUGUAGGUGGAAAGAUGUGGAAAGAAGCUGAUGGGCCCUAA